CGCCUCGGGGCGACGGCGUAGCGUGCUGCGCCCCUUCCGGCGCGGGCCGGGACCCGGAAGUGAGGGGUGGCGAUGGCGGAGGUGUUGCUAUGAGCCCGGCGGGGGGUGUUGCUGCUGCUGCGGGGCCCGGUGAAGCCGGCGAGAACGACGGGGAGUUUCCCACACAAUAUGGUUUCCUCCAGUCUUUCCUGCAUGGAACUGUUAAGGAAUGCAGUGUACUCUAAGCAACAGCUGUACAGUGUACUCUAAGCAACCCAAAGGUCAUUACGUUUCAAUGUUCCUCUUUGUACCAUGGGCUCUAAGGAUGAUGCCCGUGCCUUAUGAAUCUGUGCCCUCUGGCUGAACCCAGAAGUCUAGCUCAUUCUGCAGCCUGCUUGUCCCGAAAUGGGUAGAAUCAGCAUCUCCUGUUUGCUUCCUGCUUCCUGGCACUUCAGCAUUUCCCCCGUUGGGUGUCCUCGGAUAUUGAACACCACGUUACGGCAGAUUGUUGUUGUUGGGUUACUUGCUGCUGUGUUUGUCUUGCUUUACUACUCUGUUGUAAAAUACAGCUACAAGGAUAGAAGAUUGCACAGGUACCUUGCUCGAGUAACUGACACGGAAGCCACAGAUACCAACAACCCCAAUCUGAACUAUGGCAUCAUGGUGGACUGCGGUAGCAGUGGGUCUCGGAUCUUCGUGUACUGUUGGCCAAGACACAAUGGCAACCCCCACGAUUUACUUGACAUCAAGCAAAUGAGAGACAGAAGCAGAAAACCAGUGGUUAUGAAAAUUAAGCCAGGCAUUUCAGAAUUUGCGACCUCUCCCGAAAAAGUCAGUGACUAUAUUUUCCCACUGUUGAACUUUGCUGCGGGACACGUGCCCCGUGCAAAACACAAGGAAACUCCUCUCUACAUUCUCUGUACAGCAGGAAUGCGGAUCCUACCAGAGAGCCAGCAAAAAGCAAUACUAGAAGAUCUGCUUACUGAUAUCCCCGUGCAUUUUGAUUUUCUGUUUUCGGAUUCGCAUGCUGAGGUUAUCUCAGGAAAGCAGGAAGGCGUAUAUGCAUGGAUUGGCAUCAACUUCGUCCUUGGAAGAUUUGAGCACACCGAUGAUGAGGACGAUGCAGUAGUGGAGGUGCAUAUUCCUGGCAGUGAAAACCAGGAAGCCAUUGUCCGGAAACGGACUGUGGGUAUCCUUGACAUGGGUGGUGUGUCAACUCAAAUAGCGUACGAAGUCCCUAAAACUGUAAGCUUUGCCUCUUCACAGCAGGAGGAGGUGGCCAAGAACUUACUUGCAGAGUUUAACUUGGGAUGCGACGCUCACCAAACCGAACAUGUCUACCGAGUCUACGUAGCAACUUUCCUUGGCUUUGGUGGGAAUGCUGCCCGGCAGAGAUAUGCAGACAGCAUAUUGACCAACACAGUAUUUAGAAACAGGCUUCUAGGUAAGCAAACCGGCAUGACCUCUGAAACCCCCUAUCUAGAUCCUUGCCUGCCUCUAGACGUUCAGGACGAAAUCCUGCAGAAUGGCCAGACGAUGUACCUUCGAGGGACAGGAGAUUUUCACCUGUGCCGGGAAGUCAUUCAGCCUUUCAUGAAUAAGACCAAUGAAACUCAGACGUCCCUGAAUGGCGUUUAUCAGCCACCAGUGCACUUUGAGAACAGUGAGUUCUACGGGUUCUCGGAGUUCUACUACUGUACCGAAGACGUAUUGCGCAUGGGAGGAGACUACAGUGCUGCUAAGUUCAUUAAAGCUGCAAAGGAUUAUUGUGCGACAAAGUGGUCUGUUCUGCGCGAACGUUUUGAUCGUGGUCUUUACGCAUCGCAUGCUGACCUUCAUCGCCUAAAGUAUCAGUGCUUUAAGUCAGCCUGGAUGUUUGAAGUGUUUCACAAUGGCUUCUCUUUCCCCACGAACUACGGCAACCUAAAAACAGCCCUGCAGGUCUAUGACAAAGAGGUCCAGUGGACACUGGGGGCCAUCCUCUAUCGAACCCGGUUCUUGCCCUUGAGAGACAUCCAGCAGGAAACCUUCCGCAGCAACCACUCCCGCUGGCACAGCUUCUCCUUCGUCUACAACCAUUACUUGUUCUUCGCCUGCUUCUUUGUGGUGCUUCUCUCCAUCCUGCUGUACCUGCUGCGGCUGCGGCGGAUCCACCGGCGGAUGCUGCCCAGCGCCCUCUCCCCUUCCCUCUGGAUCGAGGAGGGCCUCCCGCCCCAGAAGAUCCCCGGGGCCUUAUGAAAGCCGCUCCACGGUCCUCUCCAAGACUUGCCGAGAAAAAGCCAUGGUUUUGCCUCAGGGAUCUCCCCUCGUCCCGAGACACCACUCCGCAGGCCUCCCGCCAGCGCAGCGUCCGGACAGAGAGGGGCACCAGUGGGGCGGGGGAUGUGAUGCGAAGGAGCCAGCUCUGCGCAGCUUGGCUAGACUGAGGGAAUCGCAGCCAAAAUGAUUUCAAAAAAACCUCCUAACUUUAAAAGCGAAUGCACUUUGAUGCGGGAUAUGGGGUGGGGGGUGGGGGUCAGAAAGGGGGGGGCGGUUGGGAAACUUGAUGCCAGUAAGUCCACCCCCAGGGAAGCCGCAGGCUAGUCUGUGCCCAGCGAUUGACUGCUCUUGUCAUGUGUGUCCGAGUCCUUACGGAUGUGAAUGAAUAAUGGCUUCACUCGGGGGUCCUCAGACGUGGGUGCUCAGAUGAUGCGUUGCUGCUCCCGUCAGCUGGGGAUGAUGGGAGUUGUAGUCCGACAUCUCAGGAGCAGUGUCCCCUGCAACUGGGAUUCCCCGGUUUUGUCGACUACCCCUCCCAGCACCCCCCAGCUGCAUUGGCCUAUGGCUGGGGAUUAUGGGAGUUGUAGUCACCCACGCCUGGGGAUCCCUGUUGCAGGGAGCACUGCUCAGGACCCAAGUUUAGGGACCCCCAGCUGCACCGAUAAUCCAGCCCCGGAGCCUCCCCUCUGGUCCGAAGCUCUGCCAUCCUUCCUCAUGCGCCCAAGCCGUUCUGGUCACAGGCAGAAGAACGUCUUAACCUUUUCCUCUCCAGCCCAGCCAUCAGCAGCAGAGGCUUUGGCAGAGUUCUGCCUUGAUGACUCUCAGUUGCUUCCCCCCCCGCUGUGCCUGUAUCUUGACCUGCUCAGUUAAUCCACAGCGGAGAAGAGAGGGUCUAGUCCAUUCCUGCUUUCACACACAGAGGGGGGUCCAGGAGCUCUUUGCCCGUGUGAGCAAAUGCCUCAGGUGUCUCUGUCAUAAGGCGAGGACUCGGCCAAAUUCCCCGCUGUUGCUCACAUGGUGGAGGAGGAGCCCUUGGCCCAUUUCUCCGCUUACCCGGGAGCAAGUCAGUGGGCAGAAUGGGUGCGGCUGGCCCAGAAGCCUUUACCCGCUUCAGAAGACGGGCCUUGUAAUAAACACAGUAGCUGGGCAGAGAUUCUGAACCUCCGUUGAAAAUGUGGCCUGCAGAAGAGUUCUGGAAACCUUAGCAAUGCGACCUGUUGAGAUGUGAUCCUUCCGAACGGUCUUGCAAUCCUGUGAGGGAGAAACCGGACUGGUUCUAGUGACAGCACUGUUGGGGAGUACGCCGAUAAGUUUGCACAGUCAGUCUUGCCUGGAGCCCUCGCUGGGUCUGGGUAGCUGCGGCCAGGGCGUGGCCGAGGGUAUGUGUAGUAUUUCUCCUGACAGCGAUUCUUGGGCAUUCUGUCGUCAUGAAGAAGUUGAAGUGGACCGUCUGUUUUAAGAAUGUGGACUAGUAACCUGUUUGCCGUCACUUCCUCAUUUCUGGCUAUAAAAACCUUUUUACUUGAAAGGACACGUUCAUAAUUUAAAGUGGCAUUUCUGUGAGCGCCUGCCUCAUAAAUACAAGCUUUGUCGUUUUAGAAAACCA